CCAUCAAGGUUUUUUGUGCCUUCGUUGUCCAACUCACAUUUUGGAGACACAAACAUCUUGUCAGUUUUCCAGCUGAAGUUGGCUGUUCAGUGAGAUCAUUCUCAUCAUGGGAGACCGACGAGCCAGUCAGACCGAUGAGGCUGCCAUGGCCAGCCAGGCAGCUCGCGAUGAGCUUCAAAGGGCAUGGACGAACCAACAGAAGAAGUCCUUUACCCUGUGGGUUAAUGGCCACCUGAAGAAGGCGGGCAUGAAGAUCGAGGACAUUGCCACCGACUUCCACGAUGGCAAGGCUCUUCAGGCGCUGUUGGAGGUCAUCGCAGGAGAAAAACUCCCAAAGAUGGAGAAGGGAAAGAUGAGAGUGCACAUGGUCAACAAUGUCCAGAAGUGCCUAGACUUUGUCAAGACAGUUGGUGUCAAACUGCACGGAAUCGGUGCCGAAGAAAUUGUGGAUGGCAACUUGAAGAUGAUCCUCGGUAUGAUCUGGACCAUCAUUCUGCGCUUUGCUAUCCAGGACAUCUCUGUGGAAGAACUCACUGCCAAGGAGGGUCUGCUUCUCUGGUGCCAGAAGAAGACGCAGCCAUACAACAAUGUCAAUGUCCAGAACUUCCACAUGAGCUUCAAGGAUGGUUUGGCAUUCUGCGCUCUGAUCCACCGUCAUCGCCCUGACCUAAUCCCUAACUACUCCAGCCUGAAGAAGGACAAUGCCCGCGAGAAUCUUCAGCUCGCUUUCGAUGUUGCUGAGCAGCACUUGGAUAUCCCACAGAUGUUGGAUGCUGAGGACAUCUCGUCCUGCAUCAAGCCUGAUGAGCGUGCUGUCAUGACAUACGUUUCGGCUUACUACCACGCUUUCUCCAGCUUCCAGCAGGUUGAGCUGGCCGCCAAGCGUAUUGCUGACGUCUUCGAGAUCUCCCGCCAAAUCAAGGAGGCUGAGGAGGAGAUCCAGGCCCUCACCAACAACUUGCUGGAAUGGAUCAGGCAGACCAUUGAGAGGAUGAACAACCGUGACCCGGUAGCGACAUCGAGUGACAGCCACGGACAUCUCAAUGAGUUCCGCUCCUACCAGGAGAAGGAGAAGCCACCGAAGGCCGAAGAGAAGGGUACCAUUGAGGCUAGACACACCACUCUGAUCACCAAGCUCCGUAUCCACAACCGACCACCAUACGUUCCACCCAAGGGCCAGAGCCUUCAGGAAAUUGACGAGGCAUGGUCUGGUUUGGAGACUGCUGAAGGUGGACGCGAGGACUUCCUGCUCUCUGAGAUCCGUAGGCUGGAGCGCUGUGAGCAGCUGUUCAGUACCCUGACGGAGAAGGCCAACCUUCAUUCCGCCCGUGUGGCUGACAAUGCGCAGGUUGUGGCCAGUUCUGUCGUUCAGGGAUCGUCCCUUGCCGACCUUGUUGCCAUGAAGAAGAAGCACGAGGCAUUCGUGUCUGAGGUGGCUGCCCACAGGCAGCGUGUCAGUGCUAUGGAGGGUAUCGUUUCAGAGCUUGGCACUCUGCAGUACUCCAAGGAGGGCGAGGCAUCCGAAGUCGUUGCCGGCGUCAAGGCUGCAUACGACAAUCUUGACAACGUGUGCCAGGAGAGGUUUGUUCUCAUCGAGGAGGAGCUCAAGAAGCAGCAGCACAUUGAUGAAAUCCGUUUGGAGUUUGCGAAGCGUGCCGGUCCCUUCAGAACCAGCCUCGCUAACGUCAAGGAAGAUCUCCUUGAGCCAUACAAUGUCCACAGUGUGGCUGGUGUUGAGGAGCUCAUCGGGCAGCUUGGAGUGCGAAAGCAGAACCUGUCUGGUGAAGAAGCCGAACUCCAGUCCAUCGCUCAGCUGAAUGGUCAGGUGGAGGAGCUGUCUGGCUCUACCUCCAACCCCUACACAAACAUCACUGUUGAGGACUUGAACAAGGACUGGUCUGAUCUCCAGCAAUUGUUUGUUGAGCAUGAGGGUAAACUUCAGGCUGAGAAGGAGAACCAACAGAGGAAUGACGAGAUCCGCAUCGCCUUCGCCAACCAGGCUGGUUCCGUGGAACAAUGGAUUGUUGACCAGCGUGAGAAGUUCAACGCUCAGAUGGCUUCCACUGGUAGCACCCUUGAGGAGCAAAUUCAUCACCUCAACACUCUCCUUGCCGAAUGCAGCAACAACACUGAGCUGUUCGACGGCGCUGAGGCAGCCCAUGCCGCUGUGGUCGAGGCCCGCAUCAUUGAGAACCCUCACACCAAGUUGACUAUGCAGAUCUUGCGUGUCCAUGCUCAACAACUGAAGACCCUGAUCUCCAACAGCAUUAACGCCAUUGAGAACCAGAUUCUGGUACGUAAUGCCAAGGGUAUCUCUGACGACCAGAUGGAAGAGUACAAGCAGACCUUCAGCCACUUCGACAAGGACGGCAGCGGCGAGCUCGACAGGAACGAAUUCAAGGCAUGUCUCCUCGCCAACGGAUAUCAGCUGGGAGAGAAUGCUGAGGAAGGUGUCGACAAGAUUCUGGAGAACUUGAACAAGACAUUGAAGGAGGAGAACUGUGUGACUUUGGAGGACUUCAUUCACUUCAUGACUUCCCAAGCCACUGCUGAUGACACUGCUGAGAACCUCGAGGUCAACUUCAAGAUCCUGGCCCGCGAGAAGGACUACAUUCAUCCCGACACUCUCCGCAGUGAGCUCAAGGAAGCUACGGCUGAUUACCUCAUUGGCAAUCUGCGUCCCAGCGAGGAUGCCAGCGCACCAGAAGGUUCUCUUGAUUACAAGGCCUUCCUGCAGUGCGUCUUCAACACCGAAUAAGUAUGUCAGCAUACUCCUGUCCAUCAUGUGCAGCUGUGGAAAUAAUGCAGCUCAAUAUUUUAUGGAAUCUGCUGCUUGUCAAUUGGACUGGACUUUACCGCAUUGUCGUACCUCCUCUAGCCUCUUGACAAAGCCACCUUAGUUAUGGCUCCUGCUGAUUAGGUGGGGCAGAACGAAACACGAGACCUAUUAGCAUGCCAGCACAGUAUAGCAGUCACGGCGAUCAAGUUUCCUCUUGAACAAAAUCCCCACAUUCUUCACCACCAUUGAUCAUAACAUGAUACGCCGAGCACCGCCCCUUGUUCCACAUUUGGUCCGAUCACAUCUUGUCUCGUAGCGCACACUGCUGCUAUGCUAGUAGGAGACCCGCCCGGCAUUUAGGCUCUGUUAUAUUUGUAUUCGUGGCAAGGAUUUCCCUUGUUCUGUACAGGUAUGUGCGUGGUGUGUGCAAGUGUGUUCUUUAGAACUCUAUUUAUUAUUAUCUUGUCUGCUAUGCUGUCCCCCCUUAGGUCAUGGCGAAAUAUCGUGUUGUCUGGCAUACUUGGAAACUACAUGAUUCAAAAAGCUGCA